AUCAGCAUGGUGUUCAGGCCUUUGACGACAUAUACGGAACUCGCAGGUCUUUUGGGGAAGAAUUAGGGUGGAUUUUGUUUUCCGGAGUUUUGAUUUCGGUUCCCUUCAUUUUUCGGGUCCAACGCAAAGGAAUGGCCCUCUUCACGAUAUUCAAGCGCGCCUCUUCGUCGAGCAAGUUGGCCACGUUAUCUCGAGGCGAUGGUGGAUUGAGGAGAUCGAAUGAUUUGGGACCAAACAAAAGUGCAUCGAGAACCUCUCACGGCAUCUGGACGGUUCAGGUAAAGGGCAUCGCGGCGAUCUGCUUUCUGCUAUUUGGGUACCAUCACCUGCGACAAGGACAGCGAAGCUUUUUUUCUUUCGGUUUUAUUAUUUUGUGUUUUCGAGUUGUCACUCUUAACGAAUACUUGGCCGUCGGUAAUAUGCAAGCACAAGGACUAGGAAGAGCGGGGAUAAUUUUUUUUGGAGAGAUUGAGGCAAGAGAAAAGGGAAUGGGAAGGACAGGUUUCGGUUGCGUUCACGGGGUUUAGCGAAUUUCAAAUACAUGUAAAAGAGCAUUAGGGAAGAGCACUAGGCUAGGUAACCAUUCAAGCUCGAAUCGAAACUAGGUUCUUGAUGCUCGUUGCCCUUGCCAGCUCGUAUCUAACUACAUAGAUGAUGAGUGA